AUGCACGUCCCCCAAUCCGCCCUUGACGAAAUCGUCCAACCGUCAAAUGCAAAUGCAGCAACCAAUUCUGUUUCGGCUGCACUCUCCCCGACCACCAACCGUGUAUAUGCCGUCUCGUCCGUCUAUGGCUCAAAAAAUGUGCAGAUGAUUCAGAGACUGCCAAUUGGAUAUCAGCCAACACCAAAGAGUGCACGAAAUGUAAUUCGACGAUUGAAAAGAAUGGGGGAGCAUGGGACGCAAUGGUAUAAUUGUAAUCGGUUCGACGAAAAGGCGAGUGUGGAUGCGAGGGAUGCACAAGCAAAGAGUCGAGCUGCUUUGGAGCGAUAUCUACAUUACUAUAACCGCUACGCAAACCACGAACAAUCCGCCAAACUCUCCUCCGACCUCCUCCAAAAAACCGCGCAAAAAAUGGAAGCCCUCCAAUCCACCUCCACCCUCUCCUGGAUCGAAGUCCAAUUCCUCCGCAAAGCCGUCGACGUCCUCCUCGAAUCCCGCAUGACACUGAAAUGGACUUACAGUUUUGCAUACUACCUCAAACGAGACAACAUGACUGCCUUAUUUGAAGAUAAUCAGCGGGACCUCGAAGUGGCCGUUGAAUCCCUCAAUGAACUCUUGGAGCGGCCCAUCCCUGGUGUUGCCGAUGGUGUACAAGCUGUCAAUGGUCAUGUGGGCGUUGAAGAGAGUAUUAGAGAGCUGAGGCAACAGGUUUUGGAUAAGAUGGGGUAUGUCAAGAGUCGGAGAGAAGUGUUAUUGACUGAUACGGCGCAGGGAUUGAAAGAGCAUCGGUGGAAAUUGAAUGUGGACUUCAAGACGGGGGAUAUGUUGGAUUGA